AUGGCUUCUUCUUCAGCCCCCGUGCGGAGUGCAGCUUCAGAUCGGGAGACUGCCCAGCUAGUCAAAGAACACUCGCAUGCAUUCCAGAACAGGUUAAACACAACUCAAACAGAUAGUCCACCUAUUUCUGAAACGGCAAAGCCCGAUAUAGACACCAAUCAGCUGAAGGCAGAGACAGAGCUUGAGGCACCCAAGCCCGCCCCAGAAACCAACCCUACCCCAGAAACCAAGCCGCCUGUGACAGAGCCCACAGAGCCUGCUCCCGGCAGUGUUCCCAUUGCCCGUCAGUCUCAAAUCUCAGAAGGGCCCAAGGAUGAGACAGUGGCGGGCGAGAAACGUGACAUUGAUUCGACUUUGACGCCCACUCCAGCCCUAGCUGAGGACGAGGAGCAACAAAGGCCUGAACCGUCGGAUGAGCCUGAUACCAAGAAGCUGAAGACGGACGAGAAACCGAAUACAGAUGAGAAGCCUGCCUCAGAUUCAAAUGGCACCGCUACUGCUGCUCCUUCCAACACAGAGAACGGAGCACAGAAGAAGGCUAGUCGGACCAAGAAGGAGAAGAUUAAGGAUGCCGUGAACAAGGUUAUCCCAGGAGAUGGUAUUGGUAGCCGGACUCGCAGCCGGACAAAGGGUGCUUGA